AUGUAUGAUCCACGUUUCAGUUUGGUUCAUAUUACUGGUCCUCAGUAUUGUGUUAUACCGAAUGCAGAUUGUCAAUCGGAUUCACUUAUUACUCAAUCAGUUUACCUAGCAGAUCUUAAAGAUUGUACUAUUGAAGUGUGUAGUGUUUUUGGCAGUUUUAUAGGUCGUCGUUUGAAUAAUUGUAAAGUUUACUGUUAUCCUGUUGCUGGAUCCGUAUGGCUUGAUCAAUGUAUUAAUUGUGAUCUAGUGUUUGCUUGUCGUCAGUUGAGAGUACAUGGAACAUCAAACUGUCGACUUGCAUUACAUAUGUCUAGUAGACCUAUUAUUGAAGAAUGUACAAAUUUAAAAGUAGCUCCAUAUCAACUUACUUAUAAGUCACUUGACGAAGAUUUAUCCUCAGCUGGUCUGUCAGUAGAACGCAAUUUAUGGUGUGAAGUUGAGGAUUUCAGUUGUCCUAAUAAACGACUUACAACAGGCUCUCCAAAUUGGUGUAUAAUGCCUGAAGAUGAAUGGUCUUCACUACAUCCAAGUAAAAUGGUAAAAAAAUAA